UGCACUGCUUUUUCUCUGAAUGGACCGCGGACAGCAUUCAUCCUGACAUAGACAUAAACUCCGUCGGCCUAUAAAGGUAGCAUGAGUGGGCUCUCAUCGGUCCGCUGCGCGUCGACCUCUCUACAUGGCGCUCGCUGCCGAAGAUGGUCACGAAGAAACCCAAAUCAGUCGCUGGUGCCGACCGCAGGCAGCAUGGCACUGGCAAAGGUCGUCAGAAGACCGCCGCCACCUCGCCACUCAAUACUCGUCGUAGCCCGCGGCUCCUAGCGAGGCUUGUAGUCAACGACAAAGUGACCCUGUUAAAGCCGCCUCUAUCCCGCCAUGACGCACCGGUCCUUAGAGCUCGCGUGGUUCCUCGCAAUUACGCCUCCUCAAGCACCUCCUCCGACCCUCCGUCUCCUCGACCAACAUUAGCGAACUACGACUCCAACAGAGAAUACUCACCCUCUGAAUCGGGCGAUCAGGAAGACAACUGCACGGCCGACGACGGAUCUACGCCUCGCAAGAAGAUCUUCCUACCUUCAAGGAGGCCAGGCAACGACGAGUUGGCCGCCAUAUCUCCUAAGGGCCAUGCGUGUAUAGUCACUUUGGAACACAAUGGCAAUGGCACUGUCGAGAACUGUCACUUGCUCGAUCGUGCUUGUGGGGCUGACCCAGAUAUCGUCGAAGGUAUGGAGAUCAUCAUGGUCAUGGAGCGCGGCACUCUGGAUGUCGAUUGUCCGACGAACAGGGUUUUCCUCGAAAGCAAGAUGCACACCGCGUUCGACAACGGGAGAUGGGUGCUUCUUCCCACCGUGAGGGACCUCAGGAGAAUGCUAUCUGCGCUGCGGCGUCAGAAGCUCGCGCCGAUCGAGGGUCAAAAGCAGUCGCCGCCACGUAACUCAAUGGGCUUCACUCACCACAAGGACGUCUUCCCCAACGCUAUCCGGAAAGUUGACAUCGCCCCGCUAUCCUGCUGGGCCGACGGUCUCAAGAUUUAUCGCGAGCGCUAUGUCGGCUGCCCAGAGCCGGCCAUCAUGUAUGGCCCGCAGCCUUUCGAGAAGCCCCUUCCGACCAUCGACGUGCACUGCAACCUCUACUAUGUUGUGUGGAAGGCGUACAAGACACUACAGGAUCGUAACAUCCACGCUCAUGCUCGUUAUUCGGUACAGGAGCGCCUGGUUCGUCAGAUUGGCCAGAUUAUGUGGGCGUAUACUCGCCAGGACGAUAAGUAGUAUACAUGCUACGGCUGGCGCUCGGCGCUGGCGCCUCAACAGCGUCCUCAUGCGCGGACGACCCCAGCAUCUACAAUCCUAAACUUAUGUCUAUCUCUAUUGGCGUCCUAUAUGUGUGUCUUCCCGGCCCUUGUGUUGUACUGCUAGCCACGACACCUCGAUAUACUAUUUAUCACGUACUGUGGUACAACAAUGGAAAUCAGUUCGCU